CCGCCAUAUAGGUUAUUGAAAAGAAUUUUAAUUUUCAAAGAUGGAAAAUCCUUCUUUAAAAUAUAUAACGAACCCAAAUUUUGGGACACCCCCAGAAAAUCAAAAUGAGUUAUUGCAGUCUUUGGGGAAACCGCACACGUCUAGCUUUAAUUAUAUGGUGAACAAAGGACUGGACGAAGCUAUAAAAGACCUCAAUUCGGUGGAGUUCACUUUAAACGAGCGCAGAAUAAAGUUUUCGAUCAGCAACUAUUCCUUUCAAAAACCGGAGGUCUCACAAGAAAUGGUCCUAGUGAAAAACAAGACGAUCUAUCCGACUUUUUGCAGACAAAGCGCCAAUACUUACAAAGGCAGAUUCUUUGUGGAAGUAGAUUGGUUCAUCGACGAUGUGCAACAGCAAUCGUUCACCAAAGAUUUGGGAGAAAUACCAGUUAUGGUGAAGUCUGAGUUGUGUAAUUUGCACAACCUGAAACCCAAAGAGCUGGUGGAGCACGGCGAGCACGAACAAGAAUCCGGCGGUUAUUUCAUCAUCAAAGGCAACGAGAAGCUGGUGAGAAUGCUGCUGAUAACUCGCAGGAAUUACCCCAUAGCCAUCAGGAGGCCCGGUUGGAAGCAGAGAGGCGUCUUGUUCUCCGAUUCCGGAAUAUCCAUACGUUGCGUACAAACCGAUCAAACGGCCACCACUAACGUUCUUCAUUUUGUAACCGACGGUUCGGCCAAACUGAUGUUCAGUUAUCAAAAAACUUUGUACUACGCCCCGUUGUGUUUGAUUUUGAAGUGCCUUUGCAACUACAGCGACCAGUACAUCUGCCAGAAGCUGAUCCAGAGCUGCGACGACGACACCUACUACGUCGAUUGCGUGCAGAACAUGCUGCGAUCGGUGCACGUCAGUGGUCUCCAUACGAGCGAGGAUUGCAAGAAUUACUUGGGUAGAAUGUUCAGGGUGAAGUUCUACGAAUGCCCGGAGUGGUACACGGACGCCGAAAUAGCCGAUUUCAUACUGAAAAAAUGCGUUCUGAUCCAUCUGAACGACAACGAGGACAAGUUCAAUAUGUUGGUGUUCAUGACGCAGAAACUGUUCUCCUUCUCGCAGGAUAAAUGCAAAGUGGAAGGGACCGAUGCCGUUAUGAUGCAAGAAAUACUACUCGGUGGUCAUUUAUAUUUGCAAGUAGUGAAAGAGAAGUUGUAUUCGUGGUUGAACGUCCUGAAAAUCAACUGUUUGAAAUUGGCCAAAGCUACUAAUUUCAAUUUGAGCCAAACCGAAGUUUUGAAAGCAGCUAAAAACAGCGGUGGUAUAGAGCACGCUCUAGCCAAUUUUCUAGCCACCGGAAACAUAAAUAGCAUCUCCGGAUUGGGAUUAAUGCAAGACAAAGGUUUGGCAAUAGUGGCCGAAAACAUCAACAAAAUGCGGUACAUGUCGCACUUCAGGGCCGUCCACAGGGGGGCGUUCUUCCAAGAAAUCCGAACCACCGAAGCCAGGCAACUGUUGCCCGACGCUUGGGGGUUCAUCUGUCCCGUACACACGCCGGACGGCGCCCCUUGCGGCCUCCUCAACCAUCUCGCGCUGAAUUGCAUCAUUACCGACGUUCCGGACGACGAUAAAGUCAAAAAUAUCCCGCUGAUUCUAACCGAACUCGGAAUGAAACCGCUGAAAUACGCCGAUACGAUCGACCUGAACGCCAGUUACUCGGUGCAAUUGGACGGGAGGAUCGUCGGUUACAUAUCGAACGGGGACGUGGCUCGGAUCGUGCAGAAAUUGCGGUUGUUCAAGAUCAAAGGGAAGAUGGUGCCGGAAACGCUCGAGAUCGCCUGGGUGCCGAGGAAGAAGAGCAUCUGCCAGUACCCGGGCGUGUAUUUGUUCACGGGCCCGGCCAGGAUGAUGAGGCCCCUGAUGAAUUUGUACGCGAACAAAGUGGAGCUGGUGGGAACGUUGGAGCAGGUGUAUAUGGACGUUUGCAUCACGCCGGAGGAGGCCUACGAAAAGGUAACAACCCACAUGGAACUAAACAAAUGCUCGUUCCUGUCGAAUUUGGCCCAACUAAUACCGAUGCCGGAUUGCAACCAAUCGCCUAGAAACAUGUACCAAUGCCAGAUGGGAAAGCAAACCAUGGGUACGCCUUGCCACACUUGGGAUCUUCAAUCCGAAACCAAGUUAUACAGACUACAAACUCCCGGGUCACCGCUUUUCAGGCCGGUGCAUUACGAUAACAUUUUAUUGGACGAUUUCGCCAUGGGUACCAACGCAAUCGUGGCCGUUAUCAGUUAUACGGGUUACGAUAUGGAAGAUGCGAUGAUAAUCAACAAGGCGUCGGAGGAAAGAGGUCUGGCUCACGGUAGCAUCUACAAAUCGGAAUUCGUCCAAUUGGACCAUCCUGAUUCGUAUUUCGAGAGGGAUCAGUUUUCGAAAGAAAUUAGUUAUUUGUCGAAAUUCAUCGAUGCGGACGGUCUACCGUACAUCGGGCGGAAGCUAAAGGACGAGGAGCCCUUGUACAGUUACUUCGACGCCGAUAAACAAUUCUACAUUGUCAAAAGGUUCAAAAGUAAGGAGGAGUGUUACGUGCAUAACGUGAAGUUGUGCGCGGAUUUCGGCCAUAAGAAUCCCAAGAAGACUGUUUGUUUCACCUACAGAGUACCGAGGAAUCCCAGCGUGGGAGAUAAAUUCGCCAGCAGAGCCGGUCAGAAGGGAAUCUGCUCGCAAAAAUGGCCGGCAGAAGAUUUACCAUUCACAGAAACAGGUUUGGUGCCGGACAUCGUCUUCAAUCCGCACGGUUUUCCCUCCCGUAUGACCAUAGCUAUGAUGAUAGAAAUCAUGGCGGGCAAAUCGGCCGCCCUGCACGGUUUGGUGCACGACGCGACGCCCUUUAGGUUCACCGAAGAGGACACGGCCAUCGAUUAUUUCGGCAGAUUGUUGGAGAAAGGGGGCUACAACUACUACGGAACUGAAACCAUGUACUCCGGUAUCGACGGCAGGGAAAUGAGCGUGCAGAUUUUCUUCGGGGUGGUGUACUAUCAACGAUUGAGGCACAUGGUGUCGGAUAAGUGGCAGGUGAGAUCCACUGGUCCUGUAAAUAUUUUAACCAGGCAACCGUUGAAAGGGAGGAAAAGAGGUGGCGGCGUUCGUUUCGGUGAAAUGGAACGGGACGCGUUGAUUAGCCACGGAGCUUCCUUCUUAUUACAGGAUAGAUUGUUUCAUUGUUCCGAUGAAACUACUGCAUUUGUUUGUACGUCUUGUGGGACAAUUUUGGGACCGAUAACGACGGUAACGAGAUUUGCAGACAAACCGCAGCAUUGUGAGACAAAGGAAACAUGCAGGCUUUGCAACGACGAUCAACACAUAUCUAGAAUACAGAUACCUUACAUUUUCAAAUUUUUCGUUACGCAGUUAGCUUCUUGUAAUAUAAACAUCAAAAUAGGUUGCAGACAGUUUUAAAUAAAAUUUAAUUACGUUUAAUAAAAGGCGG